AUGCGGGAGCUGCGACCGGGCUGGCUGGCGGUCGUCAACCGGCCGGCCGCAGGUAAGAUCUCCCUCAACUCGAUUGUCGGGUUCUCCAACAUCCCGAACCAGGCACACAGCCACUCGAUGGCCACCGGCUUCGACUUCACCAUCAUGGUGGCCGGUGCGGCCGGGCUCGGCAAGACCUCCUUCAUCCGGACGAUGUUCGGCCCGACGGCCAUCCCCUCGGCCGCCGAGCUGGAGGCUGCUCUGAUCAGCCGCCCCGGGGCGCUGCUCUCCCCGCGCGGGUCCAUCCGCUCGUCCAAGUCCUCGGCAUCCGGCAGCCGGGCCGCGGCCGCGGCCGCCGCCGCCGCCGAGGGCAACCUCCCGAUCCUGACGCACUCGACCACCCUCGAGGAGAACGGCACCCGCCUGCGCCUGACCGUGCUGGAGACCUCGGGCUUCGGCAUCGGCGUGAACAAUGUCCACGGGUGGGAUGGGGCGGUCCGCUGCAUCAAGAGCCGCCUGGACACGGUGCUCAGCAAUGAGCGCUGCCAGACCCGCACCCUGGUCCUCGGCGACAACCCGCCCUUCGUCCAGGAGCCGGCGGUCCUCUUCGAGUCGGAGCAUGAGUGCUUCACCAGCCAGCCGCACCCGGCGCACCUGGCCGACCUGCGGGUCCAUGCCUGCCUGUACUUCAUCAACCCCAGCAGCCGCGGUCUGAGCCCCCUGGACAUCUACUUCCUGCAGGGGGUGCACAACCUGGUGUCCGUCAUCCCGAUCAUCUCCAAGGCCGACACUCUGACCGCCAAGGAGCUGGGCGUCCUCAAGCGCCGGAUCCGCGACGACCUCAUCGCCAAUGGCAUCUCCACCUUUGAGAUCCCGGUCUCGCCGGCUGACGAUCCGGACUUUGUCUCCUCGGUGGAGACCCUCAACGGGGCCAUGCCCUUCAGCGUUCUGUGCGACGAUGCGGCUUCCGGUGAUUCGUCCUUCCAGGGCCGCACCUUCCCCUGGGGCCAGGCCUCGAUCGAGGACGAGUCGCACUCGGACUACGCCAAGCUCCGUCACAUGCUGAUUCGCUUCAACCUGGAGGACAUCCGCUCGCACACGGUCGACGUCCUGUAUGAGCGCUACCGCACCGGGUUCCUCAACACGGUGAACCGCGGUCGCAAUGCCAUCGACAACCUUCGCGACCUGAUGGGCUCCACCUCGGAUCCCAUCAUCAAGCUCAAGGAGUCCCUGAACGCCCGCCUCCAGGAGGAGGUCUCGUCUCAGCAUUCGGAGAUCGUCAUCCUGACCAACCGCCUCAAGGAGCUGACCGAGGUGGUCGAGGAGAACAACCGCAAGAUCGAGUCCCUCAAGGCCAGCAUUGCCCAGACUCACAACCAGAUCAGCGAGCGCGAGUCCGACAAGCAGAGCGGCCGCAACCGUCUGCUGCGCCGCUGA